AUGGAGGAUGCCAACACGGCACUCAGGUGAAACGGAUGUGGCCUCUCGUUGAUGGCAAAGAGCUGUUCCCGUGGAACACAGGGGAAGAAUGGUAUACAACGGAAGAAUACAAGGUAGAGGACAGUUCAGCGCACUCUGAGGCCCCUGUCUGGGCUGUCUGUCUGUCUGUCAGACACCUGCUGCUGCUGUGGCCGUGGUUCACCUCUACAGAGUGGAACUGUAGUCCAGACAAGGGUGGGUCCAAAAUGACACCCUAUCCCCUAAUAUGGGCCCUGGUCAAAGUAGUCCACUACAUAGGGAAUAAGGUAACAUUUGGGACGCACCCUCUGUCCAUGAUUUAGAAAAACAAAAGUAGCAAUAGCAACUAGCCAGAUUCAAAACAAACAUUUCCUCCGCUACUAUAGGCACUGUAGCCUACUGCCUCUGAGCAUUUAGGAGGGGUUUGAUGUAUGAAUAAGUAAAGAGGUGGAACUGUAUAGUCAAGGCAAGUGCCUUUAGCAAAAAUCAGUUUAAAAAUCACAAGAGGGGACUGCUGACUGCAUAACCUCUGUACUUCAUCGUUCAAGGCUGGUGAUUCGCAAUUGAAUACAUUUUAUGUCACGUCUACACCCAGCUAGCACAUUUGGUUCCUUGGAAGUUGUGGGAACGUAUGUUAUUGGUUUUGGGAACGUUUCCUGACCGGUAAAACGUAACUUUUGUAAACGUUUUGCCACGGUUCUUUACGUUUUCCUGGGAGGUUUUAUAAACACUCUAUGAAUGGAAAUUCUCGGUUAUUUUGAGUGUUUUUUUUUUUUAAACGUCCUUAAUACUUACACUGAAUGUUUCAAUAAGACUUUCAAUUUACAAUCUGUAGAAACAAUGAGAAUAAAAGUGUUUAGAACUUUUGCAAAACAUCACAGUAAAGUUGAAAAAUAUAUGGCAAAUAGAAAUCCAAUAUGGAUUUAGAUGGGUGGUGUUGAAUGGAGUUGAAGGAUGGGACUUAUAACAACUAACAACAACUAAUAACAACAAGAUAACUAAUGUAAAGCAUACUGUGUCCAUAAUAAGUAUAUAGGUUAUAGGUUGAGAGCUUUUGUGAAAGAGCACAGUUAGAAAGAUAUGGCAUAUAGAAGCAAACCGGAUGGACAUCAUGAAAAUGAUCAGAGAGGUUGUGGGUAGAGGAAGUUAAGGAGUAAAAACAAAACUAAAUAGAAUUAUUGUACAAUUGACUGUGUCCAUAAAAUGUAUAUAGUAUGUAUAAGCUGGAAGUAGAGGCCUAAGCGUUGUUGUUCAGUAGUUUACUCCAAUUAGGGAAGGGGUGGUGGGGUUGGAAAGUAAUAAAGGGAAAUAUAUAUUUUUAAAGGAUAUGUAUACAUAUGUAUGCAUAUGUAUUUAUAUGUAUUUAUGUGUAUAUGUAUGUGUAUGUAUGUAAAUGUAUAUAUAUAUAUAUAUAUACAUAUAUAUAUAUAUAUAUAUAUAUAUAUAUAUAUAUAUAUAUAUAUAUAUAUAUAUAUAUAUAUAUAUAUAUAUAUAUAUAUAUAUAUAUACAUACAUAUAUAUAUUUGCGAGAAAAUAAAACAUAUGGGGGAUUGGAAGUGAUGCAGACAAUUACAUUGAUGGAAGUUACAAUCUAUUUGCAAUAUUAAAGCUGAUCUACCCCCUAAAACAUAACAAAUAAAAUAAAACUUAUGGUAGAGAAAUGAACAUUCAAUUCUCUGGCAACAAGCCACUCUUCUGGGAAGGCUUUCCACUAGAUGUUGGAACAGUGCUGCGGGGGACUUGCUUCCAUUCAGCCACAAGAGCAUUAGUGAGGUUGGGCACUGAUGUUGGGCGAUUAGGCCUGGCUCGCAGUCGGCAUUUUAAUUAAUCCCAAAGGGUGUUCGAUGGGGUUGAGGUCAGGGCUCUGUGCAGGCCAAUCAAGUUCUUCCACACCGAUCUCGACAAACCAUUUCUGUAUGGACCUCGCUUUGUGCACGGGGGCAUUGUCAUGCAUUGUCAUUGUAUGCUGUAGCAUUCAGAUUUCCCUUCACUGGAACUAAGGGGCCUAGCCCGAACCAUGAAAAACAGCCCCAGAUCAUUAUUCCUCCUCCAACAUACAAGCAUUCUCCUGGCUCCCACCAAACCCAGAUUCAUCCGACGGACUACCAGAUGGUGAAGCGUGAUUCAUCACUCCAGAGAGCGCGUUUCCACUGCUCCAGAGUCCAAUGCUAGCGAGCUUUACACCACUCCAUCCGAUGCGUGGUGAUCGUAGGCUUGUGUGCGGCUGCAAGGCCAUGGAAACCCAUUUCAUGAAGCUCCCGACGAACAGUUCUUGUGCUGAUGUUUGUUCCAGAGGCAGUUUGGAACUUGGUCGUGAGUGUUGCAACCCAGGACAUACAAUUUUUACACGCUUCAGCACUCUGCGGUUCCGUUCUGUGAGCUUGUGUGGCCUACCACUUCGCGGCUGAGCCGUUGUUGCUCCUAGACAUUUCCACUUCACAAUAACAGCACUUACAGUUGACCGGGUCAGCUCUAGCAGGGCAGAUAUUUGACGAACUGACUUGUUGGAAAGGUGGCAUCCUAUGACGGUGCCAUGUUGAAAGUCACUGAGCUCUUCAGUAAGGCCAUUCUACUGCCAAUGUUUGUCUAUGGAGAUUGCAUGGCAGUGUGCUUGAUUUUAUACACCUGUCAGCAACGGGUGUGGCUGAAAUAGCCAAAUCCACUCAUUUGAAGGGGUGUUCACAUACGUUUGAAUAUCCAGUGCAUUCGGAAUGUAUUCAAACCCCUUGAAUUUUCCAAAUUUGGUACAUUACAGCCUUUAUCUAAAAUUGAUUAAAUUAGUUUUUCCCUCAUCAAUCUACACACAAUACCCCAUAAUGACAAAGCAUAAACAGCUUUUUAAACAUUUUUGUAAAUCUAUUACAAAUAAAAAACAGAAAUACCUUAUUUAAAUAAGUAUUCAGACCCUUUGCUAUGAGACUCAAAAUUGAGGUCUGGUGCAUUCUGUUUCCAUUCAUCAUCCUUGAGAUGUUUCUGCAACUUGAUUGGAGUCCUGCUGUGGUAAAUUCAAUUGAUAGGACAUGAUAUGGAAAGGCACACACAUGUCUGUAUAAGGUCCCACAGUUGACAGUGCAUAUCAGAGCAAAAACCAAGCCAUGAGGUCGAAGACAUUGUCCGUGGAGCUCCGAGACAGGAUUGUGUCGAUGCACAAAUCCGGUGGAAGGGUACCAAAACAUUUCUGCAGCAUUGAAGGUCCUCAAGAACACAGUGGCCUCCAUCAUCCUUAAAUGGAAGAAGUUUGGAAACACGGAGACAAUGGCCCUUACUAGUCUAUUGAUGUUAAGGAAAAUGUCAGGGCUGCAGCUGUCCAAAACUUCAAUAAGGGAUGGGAAUUCCAGACCUCCCCCUACUUUCCGAUGCAGUUUCUGAAUAGCACGAUUAAUUCAGCAUCCUCAACAGAGACAUGAUAGUGAUCACAUGGGACCAGCAGUGAUUCUUUCAGUGUAAAAGUCCUAGACCCUAGCAGAGAGGCCGCUGCUGCUCUCAUUAUUCCAUAUUGAUACUUCUGGAACCGGGUGUGUAGAUCAGUCAGCUGUCUGUUUGUCUAUCUGUCUGUCUGUCUGUCUGUCCAGGAUGUCAACUCACAGCUGUCUGUCCAGGAUGUCAACCCACAGCUGUCUGUCCAGGAUGACAACCCACAGCUGUCUGUCCAGGAUGUCAACCCACAGCUGUCUGUCCAGGAUGUCAACCCACAGCUGUCUGUCCAGGAUGACAACCCACAGCUGUCUUUCCAGGAUGUCAACCCACAGCUGUCUGUCCAGGUUGUCAACCCACAGCUGUCUGUCCAGGACGUCAACCCACAGCUCACUGUCCAGGAUAUCAACCCACAGCUGUCUGUCUGUCCAGGAUGUCAACCCAGAUCUGUCUGUCUGUCCAGGAUGUCAACCCAGAUCUGUCUAUCUGUCCAGGAUGUCAACCCAGAUCUGUCUGUCCAUCCAGGAUGUCAACCCACAGGUGUCUGUCUGUCCAGUAGGUCAACCCACAGCUGUCUGUCUAUCCGGAAUAUAUACUAUAUCCUGCCUGCCGUAGUAUUAAUGUUCCAAGAUGGCAUAGCAGUGCGGUCGUGUUUUCUGUAGUGUCCUCAUGUAAAUAGCCAGUUUUUUUGUUUUUUUUGUCUUUUUCGUAUAUAUUUCUCAAUCUCACUUUCCAUCCUUUAACUAAAUAUACUUUCCUGCAACCCGCCUCACCCAAUGUGGAACGGAUUCUAUUAUUUCUUCAUACAUUUUUAUCCAGAACCUCUGGCUGAAACUAGCCAGCUAGCCAGCUAACUAGCUACUUGCUAUUAGCCACCAUUAGCGGUCUUCACCAUUGUCCGUGGCCGUGGCCGUGGCCUACACUACCUACCAGCCUGCUCUAGCCUGGACAAUUAUCGGCCAGUCUGCACAGUCUGCACAUCGCGCUAUCGAGCCAGAGUAUAUUGGAUUUUCUACCGGAAUCACUGAAUCACUGGACCUUAACACCGGAUCAUCGCAACUAGCUAGCAGCAACCAAAUGGCUGUUGUCGUUGUUGGCUAAUCACCACUAAUCACCACUGUCCUGAAGCUAACCCCAGUUAGCCUUGAGCCAGGCCCAUCUCCCAGCUAUCUACCGCUCUGUCAACCGGACGGGACCUCCUAGUGUUGACACGGAGCCCCGCCGAUCCAUCACGACUGGUCUGCCGACGUAAUCGUCUGAUGUGGUUUCAACAGGCUUCCCGUUGCGACGACCAUGAAGAUCCAUCUGCUAGCCCCGGCCCGCUAGCACACGCAAUCAACAGCCAUGCCUCCUGCUCGCCUGUAGCGUAGCAGCCACUGAACUGCUCCCGGACUUACUUAUUGCUGUUCACUGGACCUUAUGAUCGUUCAGCUACACAGCUGAUGCCUGCUGGACUGUUCCUUUAUACGGUACCCCAUCCUGUUGAUCUGUUUAGCCUCAGCUCAAACUUUCAUUGCCAUUACCAGCUGUUGUCUUAGCUCUCUCGAAUAACACCUGUGACUGCUUUAUGCCUCUCUCCUCAAUUUGCCUUGCCUAUUGCUGUUUCGGUUAGUUCUAACUGUACUAUUUCAAUGUAGAGCCCCCAGUCCUGCUCAACCUGUCUCAGAUAGAUCCUUUGUCCCACCCCCCACACACAGAGACCAGCUCAAUCGGUGCCUCCAGUGAUGCUAUCUCUUUCAUCUUUACCCAACGCUUAGGUUUACCUCCACUGUACUCAUAUCCUUCCAUAUCCUUGUUUGUACAUAAUGCCCUGAAUCUAUUCUAUAACGCACGUAAAUCGGCCCCUUUUUUUCUCUGUACCCAACACACUAGAAGACCAGUUCUUAAAGCCUUUAGCCGUAUCCUUAUUCUACUCCUCCUCUGUUCCUCUGGUGAUGUAGAGGUUAACCCAGGCCAUGUAGCCCCCAGUAUCACUCCUGCUCCCCAGGCGCUAUCAUUUGUUGACUUCUGUAAUCGCAAAAGCCUUGGUUUCUUGCAUGUUAACAUCAGAAGCCUCCUCCCAAAGUUUGAGUUAUUCACUGCGUUAGCACACUCAGCCAACCCUGAUGUUCUAGCAGUGUCUGAAUCCUGGCUUAGGAAGGCCACCAAAGAUUCUGAAAUUUCCAUUCCCAACUACAACAUUUUCCAUCUAGAUAGAACUGCCAAAGUGGGCGGAGUUGCAAUCUACUGUAGAGAUAGCCUGCAGAGCUCUAUCAUACUAUCCAGGUCUGUGCCCAAACAGUUUGAGCUUCUACUUCUAAAAAUCCACCUUUCCAGAAAUAAGUCUCUCACUGUUGCCACUUGCUACAGACCCCCCUCAGCCCCCAGUUGUGCCCUGAACACCAUAUGUGAAUUGAUUGCCCCCCCAUCUAUCCUCAGAGUUCGUAUUGCUUGGUGACCUAAACUGGGAUAUGCUUAACACCCCGGCAGUCCUACAAUCUAAACUAGAUGCCCUCAAUCUCACACAAAUUAUCAAGGAACCUACCAGGUACAACCCUAAAUAUGUUAACAUGGGUACCCUCAUAGAUAUCAUCCUGACUAAUUGACCCUCUAAAUACACCUCCGCUGUCUUCAACCAGGAUCUCAAGAAUCACUGCUUCAUUGCCUGCGUCCGUAAUGGGUCCGCGGUCAAACGACCACCCUUCAUCACUGUCAAACGCUCCCUAAAACACUUCAGCAAGCAGGCCUUUCUAAUUGACCUGGCCCGGGUAUCCUGGAUGGAUAUUGACCUCAUUCCGUCAGUAGAGGAUGCCUGGUUGUUCUUUAAAAGUGCUUUUCUCUCCAUCUUAAAUAAGCAUGCCCCAUUCAAAAAAUUCAGAACUAAGAACAGAUAUAGCCCCUGGGGGACACCCCAGACUUGACUGCCAGCACAAAAACAUCCUGUGGCGUAUGGCAUUAGAAUCGAACAGCCCCUGCGAUAUGCAACUUUUCAGGGAAGUCAGGAACCAAUAUACACAAUCAGUUAGGAAAGCAAAGGCUAACUUUUUCAAACAGAAAUGUGCAUACUGUAGCACUAAGUUUUGGGACACUGUAAAGUCCAUGGAGAAUAGGAGCACCUCCUCCCAGCUGCCCACUGAACUGAGGCUAGGAAACACUGUCACUACCAAUAAAUCUACGAUAAUCGGAAAUUUCAAUAAGCAUUUUGCUACGGCUGGCCAUGAUUUCCACCUAGCUACUUCUACCCCGGCCACCAGCUCUGCACCCUCCGCUGCAACUUGCCCAUGCCCCCCCGCUUCUCCUUCACCCAAAUUCAGAAAGCUGAUGUUCUGAAAGAGCUGCAAAAUCUGGACCCCUAAAAAUCAGCUGGGCUAGACAAUCUGGACCCUUUCUUUCUAAAAUCAGCUGCCAAAAUUGUCGCAACCCCUCUCACCAGCCUGUUCAACCUCUCUUUCGUAUCGUCUGAGAUCCCCAGAGAUUGGAAAGCUGCCGUGGUCUUCAAAUGGGGUGACACUCUAGAUCCAAACUGUUACAGACCUAUAUCCAUCCUGCCCUGCCUUUCGAAAGUAUUUGAAAGCCAAGUUAACAAACAGAUCACCAACCAUUUAGAAUCCCACCGUACCUUCUCCGCUAUGCAAUCUGGUUCCGAGCUGGUCAUGGGUACACCUCAGUCACGCUCAAGGUCCUAAACAAUAUAAUAACCGCGAUCGAUAAUAGACAGUACUGUGCAGCCAUCUUCAUUGACCUGGCCAAGGCUUUUGACUCUGUCAAUCACUGCAUUCUUAUUGGCAGACAAAAUAGCCUUGGUUUCUCAAAUGACUGCCUCGCCUGGUUCACCAACUACUUCUCAGAUAGAGUUCAAUGUGUCAAAUCGGAGGGCCUGUUGUAUGGACCUCUGGCAGUCUCUAUGGGGGUGCCACAGGGUUCAAUUCUUGGGCCGACACUUUUCUCCGUGUAUAUCAAUGAUGUUGCUCUUGCUGCUGAUGACUCUCAGAUCCACCUCUACGCAAACAACACCAUUUUAUAUACAUCUGGCCCUUCACUGGACACUGUGUUAACAAACCUCCAAACGAGCUUAUAUGCCAUACAACACUCCUUCAGUGGCCUCCAACUGCUCUUAAACGCUAGUAAAACUAAAUGCAUGCUCUUCAAUCGAACGCUGCUUGCACCCGCAUGCCCAACUAGAAUCACUACUCUCGGCGGCUCUGACUUAGAAUAUGUGGACAACUACAAAUACCUAGGUGUCUGGUUAGACUGUAAACUCUCCUUCCAGACUCACAUUAAGCAUCUCCAAUCCAAAGUUAAAUCUAGAAUCGGCUUCCUAUUUCGCAACAAAGCCUCCUUCACUCAUGCUGCUAAACCUGCCCUCGUAAAACUGACUAUCCUACCGAUCCUUGACAUCGGCGAUGUCAUUUACAAAAUAGCUUCCAACACUCAACUCAGCAAAUUGGAUGUAGUCUAUCACAGUGCUAUCCGUUUUGUCACCAAAGCCCCUUAUACUACCCACCAUUGUGACCUGUACGCUCUCGUUGGCUGGCCCUCACUACAUAUUCGUCGCCAAACCCACUGGCUCCAGGUCAUCUAUAAAUCCCUUCUAGGCAAAUCCCCGCCUUAUCUUAGCUCAUUGGUCACCAUAGCAACACCCACCCAUAGUAUGUGUUCCAGCAGGUAUAUCUCACUGGUCAUCCCCAAAGCCAACACCUCCUUUGGUCGCCAUUCCUUCCAGUUCUCUGCUGCAAAUGACUGGAAUGAACUGCAAAAAUCUCUGAAGCUGGAAACUCUUAUCUCCCUCACUAACUUUAAGCAUCAGUUGUCAGAGCAGCUUACCGAUCACUGCACCUGUACACAGCCCAUCUGUAGCCCACCCAACUACCUCAUCCACAUAUUGUUAUUUACAUUGUUAUUUAUUUUGCUCAUUUGCACCCCAGUAUCUCUAUUUGCACAUCAUCGUCUGCACAUCUAUCACUCCAGUGUUAAUACUAAAUUAUAAUUGUAAUUAUUUUUCACCAUGGCCUAUUUAUUGCAUUACCUCCAUAACUUGCUACAUUUGCACACACUGUAUAUAUAUUUUCUGUUGUAUUUUUGACUUUAUGUUUUACCCCAUAUGUAACUCUGUGUUGUUUUUUCCGCACUGCUUUGCUUUAUCUUGGCCAGGUCGCAGUUGUAAAUGAGAACUUGUUCUCAACUGGCUUACCUGGUUAAAUAAAGGUUAAAUAAAAAAUAAAAAUAUACAGAAACACCUCCCCAAUAGGCAUUCCUGUAUUUUCUGUAGAUGUUAUAUCCUUGUAUUGCUACUGCAGUAUCAUCAAAGGAAUUAUCUAAGUGAGUUUCAGAGAUGGCCAGUGUAUAUUAUAUUAUAUAUAUAUAUACAUUCUUAGCCCUUUCCUGGGUAGAUAGAUAUGGAGAAAGAAAUAAGUAAAAUAAAAUAAAACAUGUUUGAAUCAGACAGUUGUGAGUUUUAGUUGAUUUAGGGCUGAAGCUACUGACUCUGAAGCUUGGCUGUCUCACUCCUCCCAGGCUUUUGGGAGGGAGGGAGGGAGGGUGGGCUUAUGCCUAGAUGGGAUAAAGUUAUUUCCGCCUCUUCUUGAAGGAGAUUGUUGGUUCCUCUCAAGUUCUUGGCUCUCUCCAGACCAACCAUCUCAUCCUUGAACCUUAGGAACUUGACCACUAUCGGCCUGGGUCUGUUACCAUGGUUACAGGUUAUCCAGACCUGUGUUCUCCACCUCAAUCUUUCUAUCAUCCAUCUGCGGCAUUUGGUGAAAUGUUUUCCUACUUUCUCCACAAACUCUGUCCAGGUCUCAUGUGGAGAAUCUGGUAUGCCAUCCACAACAAGGUUAUUCCUCCUGGAUUUUCCCUCUAGUUAGUCUGUUUUCACAGUCAUCUGUAAUAAUGAUUCACAGACAGUUCUGACAUCAGUUACAUUUUAGUCAUUUUGCAGACGCUCUUAUCCAGAGCGACUUACAGUUAGUGAGUGCAUACAUUUUUCAUACUGCCCCCCCCCGUGGGAAUCGAACCCACAACCCUGGCGUUGCAAGCACCAUGCUCUACCAACUGAGCUACAGGAGGCCUGUGAUUUCGCGUGGACGUAAAGUUUGUUGUCAUCUUGCUGCAAGUCUCUUUCAGGACAUCCCCGUCUCCCUGGGAGAACUGCAAACUGUUCUUAAGGUCCUGGACCUCUCUGGUCAGAUCGUUCAUUAUUUUGUUAGUUGAGUCAAGUUGAGUAUUUGGACAAAGCUAUUGAAGCUAUUUUCCUGUUGCUGUAACAAAGAUCACAUAGCGAAAACACUGUCCCUGCCGGCCAUUCCCUCCCCUACCCUGGACGACACUGGGCCAAUUGUGCGCCACCCAUGAGUUAUCCCGGUCGCGGCCGGCUGCGACAGAGCCUGGAUUCGAACCAGGAUCUCUAGUGGCACAGUUAGCACUGCGAUGCAGUGCCUUAGACCACUGCGCCACUCAGGAGUCUUUAACUUUGGGCAGUAUGAUGGUAGCAACGUAGGCUGAUAGAAAUAAACAGCCACAAGCCCGGGUGGUACCAUAUCAUUAACCAAUUAGAUCCCAGUAACCUCUUACUGCAUUUUAUAUAUAUAUACACACACACACACUGAGUGUACAAAACAUUAAGAACACCUUCCUAAUGUUGAGUUGCGCUGGCCCAUAUUAACUCCAAUUCUUCCCACAGUUGUGUCAGUGGUCCUCUGUAGCUCAGCUGGUAGAGCACGGCGCUUGUAACGCCAAGGUAGUGGGUUCGAUCCCCGGGACCACCCAUACACAAAAAUGUAUGCACGCAUGACUGUAAGUCGCUUUGGAUAAAAGCGUCUGCUAAAUGGCAUAUUAUUAUUAUUAUUAUUAUAAGUUGGCUGGAUGUCCUUUGGGUGGUGGACAAUUGUUGAUACACACAGGAAACCGUUGAGUGUGAAAAACCCAGCAGCGUUGCAGUGGUGCGCCUGGCACAUACUCCCAUACCCCUGUUCAAAGGCACUUCAAUAUUUUGUCUUGCUCAAUCACCCUCUGAAUGGCACACAUACACAAUCCAUGUCUCAAGGCUUACAAAUCCUUCUUUAACCUGUCUCCUCCCCUUCAUCUACACUGACUGAAGUGGACAUAUUUUGCAAAUAAAUUCAUAAAAAAUCCUACAAUGUGAUUUUCUGGAAAAAAUAAUCUCAUUUUGUCUGUCAUAGUUGACGUGUACCUAUGAUGAAAAUUACAGACCUCUCUCAUCUUUUCAAGUGGGAGAACUUGCACAAUUGGUGGCUGACUAAAUACUUUUUUCCCCCACUGUACACAAUCCAUGUCUCAAGGCUUACAAAUCCUUCUUUAACCUGUCUCCUCCCCUUCAUCUACACUGACUGAAGUGGAUUUACUGUAACACGUGACAUCAAUAAGGCAUCAUAGCUUUCACCUGGAUUCACCUGGUCCAUUUAUGUCAUGGAAAGAGCAGGUGUUCUUAAUGUUUUGUACUCUCAGUAUAUAUACAUAUAUCAUACCCUUUGUCUUAUCCCACAUUUAGUUUUUACAACUUGAAUUCAAAAUUGAUUAAAUAGAUGUUCUUCUCCCACAUCUACACACAAUACCCCAUAAUGACAAAGUGAAAACAUGUUUUUAGACAUUUUUGCAAAUGUAUUGAAAGUGAAAUACAGAAAUAUCUGUAUUCACACCCCUGAGUCAAUACUUUGUAGAAGCUCCUUUGGCAGCGAUUACGUCUGAGAGUCUUUCUGGGUAAGCCUCUAAGAGCUUCCCACACCUGGAUUGUACAAUAUUUGCACAUUAUUAUUUUCCAAAUUCUUCAAACUCUGUCAAAUUGGUUGUUGAUCAUCGCUAGACAAUCAUUUCCAGGUCUUGCCAAAGAUUUGAGUAGAUGUAAGACAAAACUGUAACUAGGCCACUCAGGAACAUUCAAUGUCGUCUUGGUAAGCAACUCAAGUGUAUAUUUGGCCUUGUGUUUUAGGUUACUGUCCUGCUGAAAGGUGAAUUAGUCUUCCAGAGUCUGGUGGAAACUGAACCAGGUUUUCCUCUAGGAUAUUCCUGUGCUUAUCUCUAUUCUGUUUAUUUUUAGCCAAAAAAACUCCCCCUAGUCCUUGCCGAUAACAAGCACACCCAUAACAUGAUGCCGCCACCACUAUGCUUGACAAUAUGAAGAGUGAUACUCAGUGAUGUGUUGUGUUGCCCCAAACAUGGCGCUUUAUAUUCAGGACCAGAAGUUCAUUUCUUUGCUACAUUUUCUGAUGUUUUACUUUAGUGCCUGCAAACAAGACACAUGUUUUGGAAUAUUUGUAUUCUUUACAAGCUUCCUUCGUUUCAUUCUGUCAUUUAAUCCUACCCCUCAGCCACCCUGAGCCCAUCCCACCUUUCACCAUUGACCACCCUCGUUUGGUUUCCAUGUGCCAUAUAUAUAUAUAUAUAUUUUCAAUUGUGCUAUGAUGUUUUAUAUACAUUUUGAACCUCUCUAAUCGUAUAGUAUCCACAGAUUAUGAGCCAAAGAUGAAAACCUUUCCUACGAGUAUUAUUAUAUUAUUUAUUGACUGACUAUGGCUUUCCAAAUUGUCCAACCAUGCUAUUUAAAAAGGUACAUUUUAAGUGAAUGUUGUGAUCUUUUUAACCAUUCCUGAACCUGUGACCAGAAACAAGUUACAUAGGGGCAAUACCUGAAUAAAUGAUCUGUCACGUCUCCUCCCGUUGCUCCCUCCCGUUGCUCCCCUCCGGCGCUCUGAUUCGCCGGUCUACUGAGCCACCGGUCUGAGCGCACCACCUCGGCAAACACAGGAAUGGAAACCCAACGCACCCUAAUCACCUCCAGCGCACCUGCACCUCAUCAUCUCAUUACCACCAGUAUAUAGCCCUGGACUGUUCGUUCAUUAUUGUGUGUAAUUGUUAGCGUCGUGUCGUUUACUCGCUCUUUGUUAUUCUCUUUUUCAUUAUUAAUUAAACCUUUACCUUGUUAAUUCCUGCGUCUGCGUCCUGCCUCUUCGUAUCCUCAGUACUCGUCACAGAAUCACACACCACUCAAGAAAGUGGAUGCAGCAGGAGUUUCCCAGUGCCUGGACCAGCACCAGCAGCAGCUUUCCCAGUUGAACGCCGCCAUGCAGGAAGUGCUCCAAACUCUGCAUAAUCUGCCCAGCGCUCCGGUUCCACCUCAGGGAGAUGUGAGUGCACCCAAUCCACCUGUUCCUGUUGCUGUCACCCACUUCUGAGGGAACUCUCGCCCUACCGGAGCGCUAUGACGGUAAAACAAUUAAAUGUAGCGGCUUCCAGCUACAGGUUUCACUUUAUCUGGCGCGUCAGCCUGAGGCAAAUAAGGCCAGGAUAGUACUGGUGUAUUCGCUACUUAAAGAAAGGCGCUGGAUUUGACCACAGCUGUCUGGGAAGGAGGUGAGGCCGUGGCGCUUCCCUACUCCACCUUCCUCGCUCGGUUCAGGGCGGUGUUUGAUCAUCCCACGGAGGGAAAGGACGGGGGUGAGCGUCUCCUCCAGCUACAACAGAGAGAGGGACCCGUGUCCGAGUGCGCUCUGAGCUUUCGCACGGUGGCGGCGUCUUCCGGCUGGAAUGAGCGUGCUCUGCGCACAGCCUUCAGGAGAGGCUCACGGGAGGACAUCAAGACAGAACUCACUCGGGAUGACGAGAUGGACCUUGAUACCCUCAUCGCUACGUCCAUCCAUCUUGACAACAUGUUGAGAGACAGACGGCAUUCUCAACACCUCCCGGAGCCUCGACGUUCACCCCAUCUGAGCUAUGGAAGCCGCCCUGCCUCCGAGUCCUCACCCAUGGAGGUGGGCAGCACCCCCUACACCAUCAUGGACCACAGAUCUCCUGGCGGCUCCCUAUCUAGGCGGUAUGACUCCCGUAGCCGCUCUGUGAGUGUUACGUCAUCUCCUAUCACACAACCAUUGUUUUUACUUCCCAUAACAGUGACUAAGUUAUUCCUUCUCUUCCAUUUCCACUGCAGUGAUAGAUUCCGGAUCAGCGGGAAACCUUAAAGAUAGGGAGCUGGUCUCUGAAUGGGGGUUGCCCACCGUGCCACUACCUUCUCCGCUACACGUCACCUCGCUGGACAAUAAACCCCUUGGAUCAGGCAUCAUUACGCACGUCACUCUCCCCAUCACCAUUCCCACACUACCAGAGCACCACGAGGAGCAAUCAUUACUCAUCGUCACGUCAGCCCUUCACUGGAUCGUCUUGGGAUUGCCCUGGCUCAGACUACACAACCCCACCAUCAAUUGGAUCACCAAGGGGAUCACAGCCUGGUUCACCUCAUGCCGGAAGACCUGCCUGCUGGUGGUUUGUUGUUCCACGUCAGUGGAGAGUACGGAGUCCGCCCUCCAGCCCAACAUUCCACGUGAGUACCCAGAUCUCUCCGAUGUCUUCUCUUCAUCAAAGGCUUCGUGUCUCAAAAAAGACGGGGAGAACUGAGGCCGUGCAUUGACUACAGGGGGCUUAACGCAGUCACAACCAAGUACCGGUACACCGUCCCUCUGGUUCCGUCGGCCAUCGAGCAGCUACGAGGGGCCCGGUACUUUACCAAGUUGGACCUGAGGAAUGCCUACAACCUGAUCCGAAUCCAGGAAGGAGACGGUUGGAAGACGGCAUUCAGCACUACCUCAGGCCAGUAUGAAUACUAAGUCAUGCCCUACGGCCUCUCCAAUGCACCUUCUAUGUUCUAGUCCUUCGUCAAUGACGUGUUCCGAGACAUGCUGAGUAGACAGGUGGUGGUGUACAUCGACAAUAUCCUGAUCUACUCUGCUACUUCGGAAACACAGCCUGUUGGUGAAGGGAUAGAAAGGGAUACAGGAUCAGUCCUCAGGGGGUGUUCAUGGAAAGACUGAAGACGGAUGCCGUCAGGUCAUGGCCACUCCCCACCACCAUAAAGGAACUACAGAGCUUCCUGGGCUUCGCCAAUAUCUACCGGCGUUUCAGCAGGUCCUUCAGCUCCAAAGCCGCCCCGCUCACCUCUCUCCUUAAGGGUGGGCCUCAGAAGCUGGCCUGCAACCCUGAGGCUGACGCUUCCUUCAAGAGGCUGAAGGAGAGGUUCACCACAGCGUCCAUCCUAAAACAACCCGAUCCAUCUUGUCCUUUCAUCCUGCAGGUGGACGCAUCGGAGGAGGGCGUGGGUGCGGUCCUCUCCCAGCGGCACGGUAAGCCAGAGAAAAUGUAUCCCUGUGCCUUGUUCUCUAAAAAGCUUACCCCCUGCAGAGAGGAACUAUGGAGUUGGAGACGGGGAGCUGUUGGCGGUGGCCCUCACUCUGGAGGAAUGGGGACACUGGCUGGAGGGCGCAGUACAUCCAUUCCGGAUUCUUACUGACCACCAGAAUUUGGAGAACAUACGGGCAGCGAAAUGGAUGAACUCUCGUCAAGCCAGGUGGGCCCAAUUUCUUUCUCGCUUUCAAUUAAUUCUGUCCUACCGACCAUGAUCCCAGAAUGUGAAAACCGACGCACUCUCCAUGAUGCACCAUACCGGAGAGAGGAAGGACCUGGGGGUCCUAUCCUGCCCCCGUGUCUCAUCGUUGCACCUGUGAUUUGGGAUGUGGAUGAAGACAUCCCCCUGGUGGCUCAAGAGGACCCAGCGCCUGCCAGGUCGCUGAGGUCUUGUUCCAACAGGUCUUCCGGCACUAUGGACUUCCGGAGGACAUCGACUUGGACCGUGUCCCCCAAUUCACCUCCCGAGUGUGGAAAGCUUUCCUGGAGAAGAUCGGGGCCACGGCCAGCCUCACUUCCGGGUAUAGGCCUCAGUCAAAUGGGCAGGUGGAGCGUAUGAACCAGGAGCUGGGAAGGUUUCUUCGUUGCCACUGUCAGGACCGGCAUGGUGAGUGGGCGAAGUUUCUUCCCUCGGCAGAAUAUGCCCAGAACUCCCUCGUUCACUCCUCCACCCACUCCCUUCUAGUGCGUCCUGGGGUACCAGCUGGCCCUGGCCCCUUGGACACCCAGCCAGACCGAUGCGCCCGCUGUCGAAGAGUAGUUGCGCAGGGCCGGACAGGUCUGGGAUGCCGCCCAUGUCCAUCUCCAGAUGGCCAUUAGUCGGCAGAAGGACCAAGCUGACUGCCACCGCAAUGAGGCCUCUGUAUUCCAGCCUGGUGAUCGCGUCUGGCUUUCCAAUCGAAACCUUCCUCUCCGCCUGCCGUGCAAGAAACUGAGCCCCCGGUGUGUGGGGACGUUUAAGGUCCUCCGGCAGCUUAAUGAGGUGUCGUAACGGCUGCUCCUUCCCCCUCACUACCGUUUCUCCCUAGGCCGGUGGUUCCUGGUCCUCUGGUGGAUGCCGUCCCCCGGGGUACGCCCCCUCCGCCCCUGAACAUUGAAGGGAGUCCGGCGUAUGCUGUGAGGGUUCUUAUGGACUCCAGGUUCCGUGGGGGACAGCUCCAUUACCUGGUGGACUGGGAGGGGUAUGGCCCUGAGGAGAGGAGCUGGGUUCCGGCUGGGGACUUUCUGGACCCCAACCUAAUUCAGGACUUCCACCGUCACCACCCUGACCGGCCCGCUCCUCAUCCUCGGGGUCGUCCUCCUGGCCGGGGGGAUUGAAUUUGUGUUUGAAAUUCACUACUGGACUGAGGGACCUUACAGAUAAUUGAUGUGUGGGUCACAGAGAUGAGGUAGUCAUUCAAAAAUCAUGUUAAAUAUUAUUAUUGUACACAGAGUGAGUCCAUGCAACUUAUUAUGUGACUUGUUAAGCAUAUUUUUACUCCUGAACUUAUCUAGGCAUGCCCUAACUAAGGGUUAAAUACUUAUUGACUCAAGACAUUUCAGAUGUUCUUUUUUAAUUAAUUUGUAAACAUUUAAAGAGGAAAAUAAUUCCACAUUGACCAUUAUUGCUUAUUGUGUGUAGGCCAGUGACACACAAUCUACAUUUUUUAUUUUAAAUUUAGGCUUUAACACAAAAUGUGGAAAAAGUCAAGGGUUGUGAAUACUUUCUGAAGGCAUUGUAUAUGUACAUAUCUACCUCAACUACCUUGUACCCCAACACAUCAACUCGGUACUGCUACCCCGUUUAUACAGCCAAGUGAUCGUUACCCAUUGUGUAUUUAUAAUUACUUUUAUUAUUGCUGUGUUAUUACUUUUCUAUUAUUUCUCUAUUGUCUUUCUCUCUGCAUUGUUGGGAAGGGCCCGUAAGCGUUUCAUUGUUAGUCUACACCUGUUGUUAUGACGAAAAACAUUUAAAUUGAUUUUAUUUUAUGAUUUAGCGAGUACCGCUUCCUCUUGAUUUGGCUCACACCGAGGCUCAAACUCGGGACCUCUGCCUUGCUAGCACUCCUGAAGCGUCUUAUACAGUACCAGUCGGUGCCACGCGAAAGCUAGCUAUUCUAUAUUAUGCUACUUCAGGCUGAGGAGUAAGUUUCACACAUACCCAUGUGCUACACUAACUGUUGAUAUGUUACAUGUCAGGAGGUUAUACAAGGACUUGACUUUUCUGCAAUUUUCUGCAAUGCCAUUUCUCCAAUAAUCUCUCAGUUAAAGACAAUACAGCAACAUUAUACUGUAUACCAGCAGACACUAUACAGUCUAUUACUUGUAUAACAGACAGGAAGGAGAGGAAUAAAGGUGUAUGUUUCAGGAUUAACUACUCAUGUGAUUGUGGUAAUGUGCUACUCAAGUCCUUUUGUUCACCUGGCAUAGAACACCUCACAAUCAAAUGCAGACCGCAUUACCUCCCGAGACAACUCUCUUCGGUCAUCGUCACAGCCCUGUAUAUUUCACGACGGCUCUCAAGGAACUACACUGGACUUUGUAAAAACUGGAAACCGCAUAUCACGAGGCCACAUUUAUUGUAGCUGGGGACUUGAGUAAAGCUAAUCUGAGGAAAACACUACCAAAGUUUUACCAACACAUUGCCUGUGCUACUUGUACAUCAAAAAACUAUCUCCCUUCCGGGACGGCUACAAGGCCCUACCUUCGGCAAAUCAGAUCACACCUCCAUUCUGAUCCUCCCUUCCUAUAGGCAGAAAAUCUAACAGGAAGCACUCAUGGUAAGGACUGUUUCAUUUACCAAGAAAAGCAAAACACUAAUUUAAAAUCCAUAAUACGUGAUAAAAAUAGAAUACAGAACACUUGAAACAUUACAGGACAUUUUUCAUGAUGGAAAUUGAAAUGUUAAAAUGUGAUUGUAAAAAUGAGAAUUUUGAGGAAAACCAUUUAACAGCUACAUUUAUAAUACAGUCUGAUAGCAGUGGGUAUAUUGACGUUUCGCAGGUGGUUUGUACGGGCAGUUAUACAGGGCAGUUGGUGGCUGUUUCUCAGGAGCCUGGUGGUGCAGUUUCCUCUUUUUGGAGAGAGAAGGUCAUUCAGUGGAUGGUCAAGAGUGUGCAUGUCCUUCACCAGGUGUACUGCAGCCUGCUCUCCCCUGCUCUGCAGUGACGGGAGCUGUGGUUGGACUGCUCUACCUCCGGAAAUGAUCCUCAAGGCCCUCCUCUGCACCCUGUCUAAUUGGGCCAACUGCUUUUUAAUGCAUCUAACUAACAGCACUCCACCGUAUUCCAAACAAGGCCUGACCAGUGUAGCGUAUACUGUGAUCAGAUCUUCAGUGGGUAGGCCAUUUCUGGCAAAAACAGUCAUAAAUUGCAGGCGUUUUGAGGCCUCCCUCAUUGACUGCUUCACGUACAGUGGAUUUGGAAAGUUUUCAGAACCCUUGACUUCAUACUUUGUUGAAGCACCUUUGGUAGUGAUUACAGCCUCGAGUCUUCUUGGGUAUGACGCUACAAGCUUGGCACACCUGUAUUUGGGACGUUUCUCCCAUUCCUCUCUGCAGAUAAUCUCAAGCUCUGUCAGGUUGGAUGGGGAGCGUCGCUGCACAGCUAUUUUCAGGUCUCUCCAGAGAUGUUCGAUCGGGUUCAAAUCCGGGAUCUGGCUGGGCCAUUCAAGGCCAUUCAGAGACUUGUCCUGAAGCCACUCCUGGGUUGUCUUGUUUGUGUGCUUAGGGUCGUUGUCCUGUUGGAAGGUGAACCUUCACCCCAGUCUGAGGUCCUGAGUGCUCUGGAGCAGGUUUUCAUCAAGGAUCUCUCUGUAUUUUGCUCUGUUCAUCUUUCCCACAAUCUUGACUAGUGUCCCUGCUGAUAAAAAACAUCCCCACAGCACGAUGCUGCCAUCACCAUACUUCACGGUAGGGAUGGUGCCAGGUUUCCUCCAGACGUGACGCUUGGCAUUCAGGCCAAAGAGUUCAAUCUUGGUUUCAUCAGACCAGAGAAUCUUAUUUCUCAUGGUCUGAGAGUCCUUUAGUUGCCUUUUGGCAAACUCCAAGCGGGCUGUCAUGUGCCUUUUACUGAGGAGUGGCUUCUGUCUGGCUACUCUACCAUAAAGGCUUGAUUGGUGGAGCGCUGCAGAGAUGGUUGUCCUUCUGGAAGGUUCUCCCAUCUCCACAGAGGAAGAUUGGAGCUCUGUCAGAGUGACCAUCGGGUUCUUGGUCACCUUCCUGACCAAGGCCCUUCUCCACCGAUUGCUCAUUUCAGCCCAGCGGCCAGCUCUAGGAAGAGUCUUGGUGGUUCCAAACUUCUUCCAUUUAAGAAUGAUGGAGGCCACUGUGUUCUUGGGGACCUUCAAUGCUGCAGACAUUUUUUGGUACCCUUCCCCAGAUCUGUGCCUCGACACAAUCCCAUCUCGGAGCUCUAUGGGCAAUUCCUUCGACCUCAUGACUUGGUUUUUGCCCUGACAUGCACGGUCAACUGUGGGACCUUAUAUAGACAUGUGUUUGCCUUUCCAAGUCUUGUCCAAUCAAUUGAAUUUUCCAAAGAUGGACUCCAAUCAAGUUGUAGAAACAUCUCAAGGAUGAUCAAUGGAAACAGGAUGCACCUGAGCUUAAUCCAUUUUAGAAUAAGGCUGUAAUGUGGAAAAAGUCAAGUGGUCUGAAUACUUUCCGAAUGCACUGUAUGUUUCACCACUGAGGUUAGAGUCUAGAUGAAAAUCAAGAUACUUGGUUGUUGUUACCACUGGUACUUCCUGUCCUCCUAGGAUUAGUGGUGCAGGUUGUGGAUGGUCUCUAGAAAAACAUAUCUGAAUUUCCACAGACUUUUUCCCAUUCAGGAGCAUGUUGUUGGAUGUGGCCCACUCUUUCUGCUGCUUUGUCUCCAAGCCCAUGGAAGAGUCCUCUUGGAUGCUGGUUAAUGGUAUGGCUCGGGACAGCCCUACAUCGUCUGCAUACCCAGUGUCCAGAGUGUCACUGAAGACAACUUUUCAGGUGGACAUGUGAAAUAGGAAAACAGAUAUGGUGAAACCACGCCCCCUUGUGGCACACCAGAGGUGACCUCUGACCUAAAUGUGCCAUUUGCCAUUACCCUCUGCCUCUGGUGGUGUAGCUGUAGAUCCAGGCUAGUAACCUUGGACACAAUUCAAUGUCAGACAGAUGUUGCAGGAACGAGUAGAUCACGCAAAGCUUUGGACAUAUCAGCAAGCAACACCCUCACAAUUGUUGGUUUUCUGGAGUCUGUAGCUGUCAGCCAGGAGUGACUGUUCAAUGCUGGUCUGAGCAAUCGGAAUCCAUGCUUCAAGAUUGUUUUGAUGACGCUGACUGGGAUAUGUUCCGGGUUGCCUCUGCCAAUAACAUUGACGUAUACACCUGACACAGUGAGUUCAUCCGGAAAGUGCAUACGGGAUGCUGUUCCUACCAUGACGAUUAAAACCUAUCCAAACCAAAGAACAUGGAUAGAUGGCAGCAUUCGCGCAAAACUGAAAGCAUGAACCAACGCAUUUAACCACGGCAAGCUGACUGGGAAUAUGGUUGAAUACAAACAGUGCAGUUAUGCCCUCCAGUAAGGCAAUCAAACAGUAAAACAUCAGUACAGAGACAUAUUCGAGUCGCAAUUCAACGGCUCAGACACGAGACGUAUGUGGCAGGGACUCCAGACAAUCACGGAUUAUAAAGGGAACACCAGCCACGUCGCAGACACCGACUUCUUGCUACCGGACAAGCUAAAUAACUUAUUUGCCUGCUUCGAGGAAAACACAGUGACAUCGAUGUGGACCACCGAUGCUUCUGAGGACUGUGAGCUCUCGUUCUCCGUGGCCGACUUGAGUAAGUCAUUUAAGCAUGUUAACCCUCGCAGGGCAUCCCUAGCCGCAUCCUCCGAGCAUGCGCAGACCAGCUGCCUGGAGUAUUUACUAACAUAUUCAAUCUCUCCUAUCCCAGUCUGCUGUCCCCACUUUCUUCAAGAUGUCCACCAUUGUUCCUGUACCCACGACAGUGAAGUUAACAGAACUAAAUGACUAUUGCACCACAGCACUCACUUCUGUCAUCAUGAAGUGCUUUGAGAGGUUGGUUAAGGAUCAUUCCACGGAUGAUGCAAUCGCCAUCGCACUGCACACUGCCCUAUCCCAUCUGGACAAGAGGAAUACCUACGUAAGAAUGCUGUUAAUUGAACACAGCUCAGCCUUCAACACCAUAGUACCCUCCAAGCGCAUCAUUAAGCUUGGGGCCCUGGGUCUGAACCCAGCCCUGUGCAACUGGGUCCUGGACUUCCUGAUGGGCUGCCCCCAGGUAGUGAAGGUAGGAAACAACACCUCACCUACGCUAAUUCUCAACACAGGGGCCCCACAAGGGUGCAUGCUCAGCCCCCUCCUGUACUCACUGGCCACGCAUGUCUCCAUCUCAAUCAUCAAGUUUGCAGACGACACAAUAGUGGUUGGCCUGAUUACCAACAACGAUGAGAGCCUACAGGGAGGAGGUGAGGGCCCUGGCGGAGAGGUGCCACCUCUUCAACCGCGCCUCUCCAACCUCAGGAGGCUGAAGAAAUUUGGCUUGGCCCCUAAGAGCCUCACAAACCUUUACAGAUGCACCAUUGAGAGCAUUUUGUCGGGCUGUAUCACCGCCUGGUACGGCAACUGAAAGGUCCGCAACCGCAGGGCUCUCCAGAGGGUGGUGCAGUCUGCCCAACGUAUCACCGGGGACACGCUGUCUGCCCUCCAGGACAUCUACAGCACCGGGUGCCACAGGAAGGCAAAGAAGAUCAUCAAGGACCUCAGCCACCCGAGCCACGGCCUGUUCACCCUGCUCCCAUCCAGAAGGCGAGAUCAGUACAGGUGCAUCAAAGCUGGAACCGAGAGACUGAAAAACAGCUUCUAUCUCAAGGCCAUCAGACUGUUAAAUAGUCACCACUAGCUGGCCUACACUCAGUACCCUGCCCUGAACUUUAGUCACUGUCACUAACCGGCUACCACCCGGUUACUCAACCCUGCACCUUAGAGGCUGCUGCCCUAUGUACAUAGACAUGGAACACUGGUCACUUUAAUAAUGGAACACCGGUCACUUUAAUAAUGGAACACUGGUCACUUUAAUAAUGGAACACUGGUCAUUUGAAUAAUGUUUACAUGCUGUUUUACUCAUUUCAUAUGUAUAUACUGUAUUCUAGUCAAGGCCAUCCUAUUUACUGUAACUAUUGCUGUACAUUUACUAUCCUGUCCUACAUAUUCUUUCAGAUAUACUACGUAUUCUAUCCAUAUGCUGUCCGUAAUGUCUAUACAUUAGUUAUUAGAUAAUCAAAAACAAACAUAAUAUGACUUUCGUUUUUGGUGUUUUUAUGAAUUGUGCACAGAGUGAAGUAUAUAUUUUUUUACUGUAAGCUAUUUACACACUCCUGAUAAAGCAACACUCUAGUUACAGUAUAUUUCCUUUGUAGUUACAGUAUAUUUCCUUUGUAGUUACAGUAUAUUUCUCUGAAACAGAUAAACCGCAGAUCAGGAAAACAUGUCAAGGCCAGUGUGAGAGAAAAGAAGCACUGGUUAUACAAGCACCACCAACUAGUUGUAUGUAAAGAAAAUAAAAUAUAAAGUAAUGGUGACUAUAACUGUUGAUUGAGGCCCCUGGCAUUUUCCUCCCAUCUUGAGUACAGUAGAUAUUUCUCAGGUACAGCGUUGUUGUUUGCAACUAGUACACACACAGUCAUCACAACUCAGCAGAAAUGAAUAGGCACUCCAAGUAGGUAUACGAUGGAUUAUUUAUUUCAAACCAUUCUAAAUCAGGAGUCCAACACAUCUUAAACAUAAACACUAUGAACACUGAAUUAAUAUGUCUGUCUAUAACAUGUCUAUGAUCUAUAGUUACAUACAGUAUAUCCAUACAUUUAUAGUUUAUAAUCACUGUAAAUGUUAGUUUUCUUUUUUUGCAUGAUAUUGACAGUGAGAUGUUCCUUCCACUAGAUCAAAUGGUGCAAUCGCAGAUGUCCACUCCAGAUAUUGAUUUUAUAGUGGUCUUUGGUAAAACAAAAGCUAACUCUGACAAACUGUUGCGCCAUUCACUUGUUAUUUAGCAAAUACUACUUUAUCUCUCGGUUCGCAACGGGGCCAUACACAAGGUAAGGUUGCAGCUAACAUUAUUCAGUGUUUCCUUUUGGGUAAGAAUAUUGAGCACAACUUUCAUGAACCACACUCUUAGAAAAAAAAAGUGCUAUUUAGAACCUAAAAGGAUUAUUUGGCUGUUCUCAUAGGAGAACCCUUUGAAGAACCCUUUUUGGUUCUGGGUAGAACUCUUUUGGGUUCCAUGUAGAACCCUUUGCACAGAGGGUUGUGCAUGGAACCUAAAAGGGUUCUACCUGGAACCAAAAACAUAUAUUUAAUGUAUGCCUACUUGAAACACAGGGUAGUGUUGUCCCAUAUUUGCAUAUUCUUAGAAAGGAAAUGUCCUAGAGUAAGUAGAACCAUACAGGGUUCUUCGGUUUAUCCCCAUAGGGGAACACUUUUUGGUGCUGGGUAGAACCGUUUGCAGAGGGGUUAUAUUUACAACCCUCUAUGUAGGGUUCUUCAAAGAACCCCCUGUAUAUGGUUCGGCCUAGAACCCUCUAUGAAGGGUUCUACUAAGAACCAUGUUAUCAUCUAAAGAUUCUUCCUAGAACCGUCUAUGAAGGGUUCUACCGAGAACCCUUUUAUCUUUGGAGGGUUCUUCAAUGAACAGUUCCACCAGCCUUAUUAGCCUUUAAAAUCUAAUUAUUUAUGACAAUACAUUACAUAUAUCAUAAGGCCUUUCUUUGAGAGCCUAGUUACAGUGAGGGAAAAAAGUAUUUGAUCCCCUGCUGAUUUUGUACGUUUGCCCACUGACUAAGAAAUGAUCAGUCUAUAAUUUUAAUGGUAGGUUUAUUUGAACAGUGAGAGACAGAAUAACAACAAAAAAAUCCAGAAAAACGCAUGUCAAAAAUGUUAUAAAUUGAUUUGCAUUUUAAUGAGGGAAAUAAGUAUUUGACCCCCUCUCAAUCAGAAAGAUUUCUGGCUCCCAGGUGUCUUUUAUACAGUUAACAAGCUGAGAUUAGAAGCACACUCUUAAAGGGAGUGCUCCUAAUCUCAACGUGUUACCUGUAUAAAAGACACCUGUCCACAGAAGCAAUCAAACAAUCAGAUUCCAAACUCUCCACCAUGGCCAAGACCAAAGAGCUCUCCAAGGAUGUCAGGGACAAGAUUGUAGACCUACACAAGGCUGGAAUGGGCUACAAGACCAUCGCCAAGCAGCUUGGUGAGAAGGUGACAACAGCUGGAAUGGAAGAAAUCACCUCGUGGAGUUGCAAUGAUCAUGAGAACGGUGAGGAAUCAGCCCAGAACUACACAGGAGGAUCUUGUCAAUGAUCUCAAGGCAGCUGGGACCAUAGUCACCAAGAAAACAAUUGGUAACACACUACGCCGUGAAGGACUGAAAUCCUGCAGCGCCCGCAAGGUCCCCCUGCUCAAGAAAGCACAUAUACAUGCCUGUCUGAAGUUUGCCAAUGAACAUCUGAAUGAUUCAUAGGAGUAUCCCGAGUGGCGCAGUGGUCUAAGGCACUGCAUCGCAGUGCUAGUUGUGCCACUAGAGAUCCUGGUUUGAAUCCAGGCUCUGUCGUAGCUGGCCGCGACCGGGAGACCCAUGGGGCGGCGCCCAGUGUUGUCCAGGGUAGGGGAGGGAAUGGCCGGCAGGGAUGUAGCUCAGUUGGUAGAGCAGGGUGUUUGCAAUGCCAGGGUUGUGGGUUCGAUUCCCACGGGGCACCAGUAUGAAAAUAUACAAAAAUAAUGUAUGCACUCACUAACUGUAAGUCGCUCUGGAUAAGAGUGUCUGCUAAAUGACUAAAAUGAAAAAAAUUAGACCUGGGUGAAAGUGUUGUGGUCAGAUGAGACCAAAAUGGAGCGCUUUGGCAUCAACUCAACUCGCUGUGUUUGGAGGAGGAAGAAUGCUGCCUAUGACCCCAAGAACACCGUCAAACAUGGAGGUGGAAACAUUAUGCUUUGGGGGUGUUUUUCUGCUAAGGGGACAGGACAACUUCACCGCAUCAAAGGGACGAUGGACGGGGCCAUGUACCGUCAAAUCUUGGGUGAGAACCUCUUUCCCUCAGCCAGGGCAUUGAAAAUGGGUCGUGGAUGGGUAUUCCAGCAUGAUAAUGACCCAAAACACACGGCCAAGGCAACAAAGGAGUGGCUCAAGAAGAAGCACAUUAAGGUCCUGGAGUGGCCUAGCCAGUCUCCAGACCUUAAUCCCAUAGAAAAUCUGUGGAGUGAGCUGAAGUUCGAGUUGCCAAACGUCAGCCUCGAAACCUUAAUGACUUGGAGAAGAUCUGCAAAGAGGAGUGGGACAAAAUCACUCCUGAGAUGUGUGCAAAUCUGGUGGCCAACUACAAGAAACGUCUGACCUCUGUGAUUGCCAACAAGGGUUUUGCCAUCAAGUACUAAGUCAUGUUUUGCAGAAGGGUCAAAUACGUAUUUCACUCAUUAAAAUGCAAAUCAAUUUAUAACAUUUUUUACAUGCAUUUUUCUGGAUUUUGUUGUUGUUAUUCUGUCUCUCACUUUUCGAAUAAACCUACCAUUAAAAUUAUAGACUGAUCAUUUCUUUGUCAGUGGGCAAACGUACAAAAUCAGCAGGGGAUCAAAUACUUUUUUCCCUCACUGUAUAUGGUUCUAUGUAGAACCCUUCUUGCCUUCCAAAGGAUCAUCAAAUAAAUCCCUUUCUUCCAGAAACGGUUCUUAGGAUGUUAAAGGUGCUAUGUAGAACCCUUCCAAAAAGGGUUAUUCUGAUCAAAAUGGUUCUUGUUAGAACCCUAUCCCUCUGCAAAGAACCCUUUUUUCUAAAAGUGUACUUCAGGAAAGUAGGCCUUAGUAUGCCAGAGGUAUUUUUCACUCUUCUAUUUUGGGAGGAAAACUCUGCAGGUUACUUCAUCGUGAGAAAGACUUGAUACCACACACCUGCUUUUACACUGCCCAUGGACAUGUAGAUAAACACAUGUUGAUUCUUUAAAGAAACCUAACACGCCCUGUCAUUGGCCAGAGUGUGAAUGGUCAGAGUACUACGCUCUGUAUAUAUACUGGGUGUCAACCCUCCAGUUAGUUGUCUGUGUUUUCUGUCUCGAUCAGGGAGACAACAUGAUGAAGUAUCUAGUUCUGUUGGCCCUCCUGGGGCUGAGUCAGUCUUACCACAACCCCCACAACAAGCAUGGCAGGCAGGCCAUCGUCCACCUGUUUGAGUGGAAGUGGAGCGACAUCGCGGCUGAGUGUGAGAGGUUCCUGGCUCCCAAAGGAUACGCUGGGGUUCAGGUAUGUACUGUAGGAGUAUGGAGAAAGACAGGAGUUUUUCCUGUUUAGGUCAACUGGUCAAGAAAGACUCCAAGCCCAGGGUAUUUGAGAUUCUUCAAAUAGCCACCCUUGAUGACAGCUUUGCACACUCUUGGCAUUCUCUCAACCAGCUUCACCUGGAAUGCUUUUCCAACAGUUGAAGGAGUUCCCACAUAUGCUGAGCACUUGUUGGCUGCUUUUCCUUCACUCUGCGGUCCGACUCAUCCCAAACCAUCUCAAUUGGGUUGAGGUCGGGGGAUUGUGGAGGCCAGGUCAUCUGAUGCAGCACUCCAUUACUCUCCUUCUUGGUAAAAUAGCCCUUACACAGCCUGGAGGUGUGUUGGGUCAUUGUCCUGUUGAAAAACAAAUGAUAGUCCCAGUCAUCGCAAACCAGAUGGGAUGGCAAAUCGCUGCAGAAUGCUGUGGUAGCCAUGCUGGUUAAGUGUGCCUUGAAUUCUAAAUAAAUCACAGACGGUGUCACCAGCAAAGCAUCCCCACACCAUAACACCUCCUCCUUCAUGCUUUACGGUAGGAACUACACAUGCAGAGAUCAUCCAUUCACCCACACCGCGUCUCACAAAGACACGGCGGUUGGUACCAAAAAUCUCCAAUUUGGACUCCAGACCAAAGGACAAAUUUCCACCGGUCUAAUGUCCAUUGCGCGUGUUUCUUGGCCCAAGCAGGACUCUUCUUAUUAUUGGUGUCCUUUAGUAGUGGUUUCUUUGCAGCAAUGCGACCAUGAAGGCCUGAUUCACACAGUCCCCUCUGAACAGUUGAUGUUUAGAUGUGUCUAUGACUUGAACUCUGUGAAGCAUUUAUUUGGGCUGCAAUUUCAGAGGCUGGUAACUUUAAUGAACUUUUCCCCUGCAGCAGAGGUAACUCUGGGGCUUCCAUUCCUGUAGCGGUCCUCACGAGAGCCUGUUUCAUCAUAGCGCUUGAUGGUUUUUGCGACUGCACUUUAAGAAACUUUCAAAGUAAUUGAAAUUUUCCAUAUUGGCUGACCUUCAUGUCGUAAAGUAAUGAUGGACUGUCGUUUCUCUUUGCUUAUUUGAGCUGUUCUUGCCAUAAUAUGGACUUGGUCUUUUACCAAAUAGGGCUAUCUUCUGAUUACCCCCCUACCUUGUCACAACACAACUGAUUGGCUCAAACGCAUUAAGAAGGAAAGAAAUUCCACAAAUUAACUUUUAAGAAGGCACACCUGUUAACUUCUAUGGGAUCGGUGUCCCGUAUACAGGACAGUUGAGCUAACUUGCGCUAAUGUGAUUAGCAUGACUGUUGUAAGUAACAGCAAACUUUCCAGGACAUAGAUAUGUCUUAUAUGGGCAGAAAGCUUACAUUCUUGUUAAUCUAACUGCACUGUCCAAUUUACAGUAGCUAUGACAGUGAAAAAAUACCAUGCUAUUGUUUGAGGAGAGUGCACAACAACAAAAAACCUAUCACAGCAACUGGUUUGAUACAUUCACCUCUGAAGGUAAAUAAUGUACUUACAUUUAGUAAUCUUGCUCUGAUUUGUCAUCCUAAGGGUCCCAGAGAUAACAUGUAGCAUAGUUUUGUUUGAUAAAAUCAAUUGUUAUAUUCAAAUGUAGGAACUGGGUUUCUACAGUUUGAACCCCUGCUGUCUCUGGCUCCACACCCACCCCGCCCGGUCAUCUAGAUGUGUGAAAGUUAGUGUAUAAGCUAAUGAUCCAUCAUGUAUGACAUUCCUGGGAGUGUGUAAGCUUACAUUUUGUAUUACCAUAUCAUUUUUGUAUGUUCUCUAUAGUUAUGUACUUGAAAAUGUAUCAAAUGACCAAUUCUGCACAGUGGGCAGACUUGAUACGAAAUAGUCCAGUGUUGCGAUACUUCACUGGAUCAAUCUGAAACUUUGCACACACACUGCUGCCAUCUAGUGGCCAAAAUCUAAAUAGCUUCUAAACUGCAAUAUUAUAUUGUGGCCUUUCUCUUGCAUUUAAAAGAUGAGGGAACACUAUUUAGGUUACAACAUGAUUCCAUAUGUGUUAUUUCAUAGUUUUGAUGUCUUCACAAUUAUUUGACAAUGUAGAAAAUAGUAAAAAUAAAGAAAAACCCUUAAAUUAGUAGGUGUUCUAAAACUUUUGACCGGUGGUGUAUAUAUAUAUAUAUAUAUAUAUAUAUAUAUAUAUAUAUAUAUAUAUAUAUAUAUAUAUAUAUAUAGUAUUAGUCUGAAAUAAAUCAUUCUCUCUACUAUUAUUCUGACAUUUCACAUUCUUAAAAUAAAGUGGUGAUCCUAACUGACCUAAGACGGGGAAUUUUUACUAGGAUUAAAUGUCAGGAAUUGUGAAAAAGUUUAAAUGUAUUUGGCUAUGGUGUAUGUAAACUUCCGAUUUCAACUGUAUACUGUAUAGAGAGCAAUAGAUACAGAUACAGAUAUAUAUAGAGUAAUAGAUACCGAGUGCACGUUUUCAUUUUAUUUUUUAAAGAUAUGGUUGAAAUGGGCAUGGUCUAAUUCACUCAACAGCCAAAAACACAUAUCUACGUUUAGCUAUCUUAACUGUUGUUUUUUAUGUUUGCUGGCCAUUGAUUCUGCUUCAUGGUGUACCCCUCUGUGGUGUUGUUUGAGUAAGACAUUUACCCAUGCAGUUGUCUCUUUCUCUUAGAUCUCCCCUCCUCAAGAGAGCAUUUUGUUGACCAGCCCGUGGAGACCUUGGUGGGAGCGGUACCAGCCAAUCAGCUACAACCUGUGUUCCCGAUCAGGAAAUGAGAAUGAGCUCAGAGACAUGAUUACCAGAUGCAACAACGUUGGGGUAAACAAAAAACAAACCAACCAACACACAUGAUCAUGAACUAUGAAUUAUGCAUAUAAUAGAAGACCAUUACUAGUAGAUAAGUAGGCUACUUUUUGGAGUCAGAAUUGUCUCCUGCUCUCCUCCCACACAAACACACACAGAAAAAAUGUAAAUCAUCAUCCAACCAAGUAUAACUGAUGAUCAAACAACUCUUAGCGAAAAUAUAAUCCGAAAAAUUAUUCCUCCAGACUUAUGUCCUGUUCUGCUUUUUUUUUUUUUGUGAAGACACUAACCCUCUCCUAAUAAUCCCAGGUUAACAUCUACGUUGAUGCCAUCAUCAACCACAUGUGUGGAGCCGGAGGCGGAGAGGGAACCCACUCUACCUGUGGAACCUACUUCAGCGCCGACAGGAAGGACUUCCCCUCCAUCCCCUACAGUAGCUUUGAUUUCAACGAAGGCAAGUGCAGAACCGGCAGCGGAGACAUCGAGAACUACAAUGACAUCUACCAGGUACGAGUCGAGUAGACACUACAUAUUUAUUGCCGGUCUUCAUUUAUUUUUUACGCAAUUACACAAAAAGUAUGGUUCUCUUUCUGUGGAGAUGUUGAUUAUGGCCAUAGGUCUGGUGGUCUUAAGACCACUUUAAGGAGUAUAACAUAUAUAUCUAUAACAUAUCAAAUAUACAGUGCCCUCCACUAUUAUUGGCACCCCUGUUUAAGAUGUGGUCGAGGACUUCCAAAAAUGCUCAUUUUUUUUAAAACAACAUAGAACCCAAAUGCAAAAAAAUAGAAAAAUCCAACCUUUUAUUUAAGUACAUUACUUUGGUGGUAAAAAAAAAAAAUCACACAUUUAGAAAAACAAAACUUGAAAUCAUGUGUCCCACAAUUAUUGGCACCCCUAACAAUUCCGCUGAAAAUUUUAAUUGAUUUUUUUUUAAAUAUAUUUUUCUGUAUUUGCUAAAGUUGGUCAGGGUAUCUAGGAACUUUUAUUUAGUAAUUCAUGACUUCCUGUUUCCCUGGGGUAUAAAUAUGACAUGACACAGAGGCCUAAUUCUCUUACCCAUUUGUCAACAUGGCAAAGACAAGAGAACACACCAUUCAAGUAAGGCAGAUUUGUGUCGACCUUCAUAAGUCAGGCAAUGGCUACAAGAAAAUAGCCACUCGCCUUAACUUGCCCGUAUCUACAGUCAGAGGAAUCAUUAAGAAGUUUAAAACAACUGGAACAGUGACAAACAAGGCUGGAAGAGGUCCCAAGUUUAUCUUGCCACAACGCACAGUGAGGAGGAUGGUAAGAGAAGUAAAAAAAAGUCCUAAGCUCACUGUCACAGAAUUGCAUCAAAGAGUGGCAUCUUGGGGUCACAAAGUCUCCAAAACAACCAUCAGACGCUCUCUACAUGCCAACAAGCUGUUUGGGAGGCAUGCAAGGAAAAAGCCUUUUCUCAUUAACACUCACAAACAUAAACGUCUGGAGUUUGCUAAGCGGCACUGGGACUUCAACUGGGAUCGUGUGCUUUGGUCAGAUGAGACUAAGAUUUAGCUUUUUGGCAACAAACACUCUAAGUGGGUCUGGCGUAAAACAAAAGAUGAGUAUGCCGAAAAGCACCUCAUGCCCAGGAUCUGUGAUGCUGUGGGCCUGUUUCUCUUCCAAAGGCCCUGGGAACCUUGUUAGGGUGCAUGGCAUUAUGAACGCUUUGAACUACCAGGACAUUUUAAAUAAAAACCUGAUGGCCUCUGCCAGAAAGCUGAAGAUGGGUCGUCAUUGGGUCUUUCAGCAGGAUAAUGAUCCAAAACAUGUGGCAAAAUCUACACAAAAAUGGUUCAGCAGUCACAAACUCAAGGUCCUCCCAUGGCCAUCUCAGUCCCCAGACCUCAACCCAAUCGAAAACCUGUGGGGCAAGCUAAAGAGGAGAGUGCAUAAGAGAGGACCCAGGACACUGGAUGAUCUAGAAAGAUUGUGCAAAGAAGAAUGGUCAAAGAUCCCUCUCUCUGUGUUCUCCAAUCUUGUGAAAUGUUAUAGGAGGAGAUUAAGUGCUGUCUUGUUGGCAAAAGGGGGUUGUACAAAGUAUUAACAUCAGGGGUGCCAAUAAUUGUGGGACACAUGAUUUCAAGUAUUUUUUUUCAAAAUGUGUGAUUUUUUUUUUUACACCAAAGUAAUGUACUUAAAUAAAAGGUUGGAUUAUUCUAUUUUUUUGCAUUUGGGUUCUAUGUUGUUUAAAAAAAAAAGGAGAAUUUUUGGAAGUCCUCGACCACAUCUUAAACAGGGGUGCCAAUAAUUGUGGAGGGCACUGUAUAUACAUACAGUUCCUUGCAAAAGUAUUCAUCCCCCUUGUUGUUUUUCCUAUUUUGUCGCAUUACAAUCUGUAAUUUAAAUUGAUUUUUAUUUGGAUUUCAUGCAAUGGACAUACACAAAAUAGUCCAAAUUAGUGAAGUUAGUUUAAAAAGAUUCUAAAAAAUAAAUAACGGAAAAGUGAUGCGUGCAUAUGUAUUCACCCCCUUUGCAAUGAAGCCCCUAAAUAAGAUCUGGUGCAACCAAUUACCUUCAGAAGUCACAUAAUUAGUAAAUAAAGUCCACCUGUGUGCAAUCUAAAUGUCACAUGAUCUGUCACAUGAUCUCAGUAUAUAUACACCUGGGUUAUAUAAAAAAAUAUCUGAUACUUAGAACAUCCCACGGACCACCGUUAAAGACAUUAUAAAAAAAUUGAAAGAAUAUGGCACCACAAACCUGCCAAGAGAGGGCCGCCCACCAAAACUCACAGACCAGGCAAGGAGGGCAUUAAUCAGAGAGGCAACAAAGAGACCAACGAUAACCCUGAAGGAGCUGCAAAGCCCCACAGCAGAGAUUGGAGUAUCUGUCCAUAGGAACACUUUAAGCCAUACACUCCACGGAGCUGGGCUUUACGGAAGAGUGGCCAGAAAAAAGCCAUUGCUUAAAGAAAAAAAUAAGUGUACACCAAAAGGCAUGUGGGAGACUCCCCAAACAUAUGGAAGUCAAGUAAAACACUAUGUCUGGCGCAAACCCAACACCUCUCAUCACCCCGAGAACACCAUCCAUACAGUGAAGCAUGGUGGUGGCAGCAUCAUACUGUGGGGAUGUUUUACGUCGGCAGAGACUGGGAAACUGGUCAGAAUUGAAGGAAUGAUGGAUGGUGACAUGGUGAUGAUGGAUGACAUUCUUGAGGGAAACCUGUUUCAGUCUUCCAGAGAUUUGAGACUGGGACGGAGGUUCACCUUCCAGCAGGGCAAUGACCCUAAGCAUACUGCUAAAGCAACACUCAAGUGGUUUAAGGGGAAACAUUUAAAUGUCUUGGAAUGGCCUAGUCAAUGCCCAGACCUCAAUCCAAUUGAGAAUCUGUGGUAUGACUUAAAGAUUGCUGUACACCAGCGGAACCCAUCCAACUUGAAGGAGCUGGAGCAGUUUUGCCUUGAAGAAUGGGCAAAAAUCCCAGUGGCUAGAUGUGCCAAGCUUGUAGAGACCCCAAGAGACUUGCAGCUGUCAUUGCUGCAAAAGGUGGCUCUACAAAGUAUUGACUGAAUAGUUAUGCACGCUCAAGUUUUCUGUAUUUUUGUCUUAUUUCUUGUUUGUUUCACAAUAAAAAAAUAUUUUGCAUGUUGUGUAAAUCAAAUGAUACAAACCCCCCCAAAAAUCUAUUUUAAUUCCAGGUUGUAAGGCAACAAAAUAGGAAAAAUGCCAAGAGGGGUGAAUACUUCCGCAAGCCACUGUAUUUAUAAAAUUGGGAAACAAACUUUUUUAAACGUCUAAUAUAAUUCAAGUUUGCAGUUUACUUUGUGUUUCAGUUGUAUGAUGUGGGAUACAAUACAACGUGUAUUAUUGUGAUACUUUCACACUCUUUCAAGUUGUAAAACGGACAAAUGACUGUAAUCAGCUUUAAACACAACUUAAUGUUUCCAUCCCCAAGGUGCGUGAUUGUAAUCUGGUGAGUCUGCUGGAUCUUGCCCUGGAGAAGGACUACGUCAGAGGAAAGGUGGCCGACUUCAUGAACAAGCUGAUCGACAUGGGAGUGGCUGGGUUCAGAGUGGACGCCUGUAAACACAUGUGGCCCGGCGACCUUAAUGCCAUCUACGGACGUCUCCACAACCUCAACACCCGCUGGUUCAACGAGGGAUCCAGACCCUUCAUGUUCCAGGAGGUAAUACAAUAAUAUACUAGAAAAUUAUACUACUUGGUCCCCCCUCACAUAAUAUAAUUGCUUUGAGCAUCUGGAAAAGUGCUAUAUAGGCCCGAAUCCAAUCAAUUUUGUUCCAUAAUAUGUAGACAUAACAUCAAUCAUCCCCUUAUCAGUCUUGGCAUCUCCAUUUGUAAAGGUGUAUCUUCAACAGCGCUAACUUUUCUUUAUUGCUUCCCUCUAGGUUAUCGACAUGGGUGGUGAGGCCAUCAAGUCCUCGGAGUACUUCCACCUGGGCAGAGUCACUGAGUUCAAAUAUGGAGCCAAAAUUGGAGGCAUCUUCCGCAAGUGGAACGGCGAAAAGCUGUCUUACACCAAGUGAGAUAUGAUUACAUUAAUUAACAUUGUACAUUUCCAUUUUAGUCAUUUAGCAGACACUCUUAUCCGACUAACAACAACUAAUUAAAAAUGGACUCCAGCUAAUUCUGAACUUUUCCUGUUGAAAAACUAUAUCUGAUGUAUAAAUACAGUAAUGUACACACACUUAAGAGGGAAAAAAAAUCAACUUAAAGGAGUAGGCCAUUCAGAGUUGGGCUGAUGGUCUAAUGGUCUGAUGUGAUGUCAUCGGCCUCGCCCCUUCCUUGAAGAGAGAAAAAAGCCCCCCCUUUUACCAUGUCGUGAGGAUACCUGGACCACCUAUUUUAUUUUUAUUUUUUAUUUUUCACCUUUUGUUCAGUAAAUCAGGUGUUAAAUGAGUUGAAAAGGUGACUGGAGUGCCACUUUAACUAAUUACAAACUCAUAUAAUAUAUAAUUAAGUACAAUUACAAACUCAAUCUUUUAUCAACACUUGUCAUCAUUGUGUUUGUGCAUGUGGAUAUUUCAAAGAUACAGUUGAUCUACUGUAUGUGUAUUUAUAAGUAGACAAAUUGUGUGAAUUUGUCAAGCUCAUUUUUCCUAAAUCCUUUCGAUGUGUGUAUCCCAGGAACUGGGGUGAGGGCUGGGGCUUCAUGCCCGACGGCAACGCUCUUGUGUUUAUUGAUAACCAUGACAACCAGAGAGGUCAUGGAGGAGGUGGAAACGCCAUAGUCACCUUUUGGGAUGCCAGGUACCCUCUCACUACACCUCUCUCUUACAUUCAAUCUUUUUACAACGUACUUUCACUGCACUCAUUUACCAAUAUCCAUUUUUUUUUUUACAACAUACAGUACACUACAAUUCCUUCCUUUUAAAAUUCUUCCAGUACCGUAAACACCGAUCCCCCAAUGACAUUAUUAACAGAAAAAUAACCAUUAUGACAACAACCAUUAUAUGAUGAUUCAUCGAUAUUGAUUACAGGAUUUACAAGAUGGCCGUUGCCUACAUGCUUGCCCAUCCCUAUGGGGUGGCCCGUGUGAUGUCCUCCUUCCGCUGGAACCGUACUGAUGACUGGCAGGGCCCUCCCAGCCACGAAGAUGGAUCCACCAAGGACGUCCCCAUCAACGCUGACAGCACCUGUGGAGACGGAUGGGUGUGUGAGCACAGGUGGCGCCAGAUCACGUAAGUCCUACAGCGCCAAAGGGAGGUAUUGGUUUACAUCACAGGAUGUUGGACCGGCUUGUGGUUUUCUCAAAAUACCAAUUAGUGGAAAUGCAGCCAUAUUGCAGCUGAUUAUACGUUUACAGUGCAUUGGGAAAGUAUUCAGACCCCUUGACAUUUUCCACAAUUUGUUACGUUACAGUCUUAUUCUGAAAUGUAUUAAAUAAAAAAUGUUCCUCAUCAAUCUAUAGACAAUAACCCAUAAUUACAAAGUGAAAACAGGUUUUUAGAAAUUGUAGCAAAUGUAUAAAAAAUUCAAAACAGAAAUACCUUAUUUAAAUGAGACUAUAUAUAUAUAUAUGCAAUAAAAUAACAAUAACGAGGCUAUAUACAUGGGGUACUGGUACAGAGUCAAUGUGCGGGGGCACAGGUUAGUCGAGGUAUUAUGUACAUGUAGGUAGAGUUAAAGUGACUAUGCAUAGAUAAUAAACAGAGAAUAGCAGCAACGUAAAAGAGGGGGUGGGUUGGGGGGGGUAUCCAUUUGGUUAGUCCGGGUAGCCAUUUGAUUAGCUGUUCAGGAGUCUUUUGGCUUGAGGGUAGAAGCUGUUAAGAAGUAUUUUGGACCUAGACUUGGAGCUCCGGUACCGCUUGCCUUGUGGUAGCAGAGAGAACAGUAUGACUAGGGUGACUGGAGUCUUUGACAAUUUAUAGGGCCUUACUUUGACACUGCCUGGUAUAGAGGUCCUGGAUGGCAGGAAGCUUGGCCCCAGUGAUGUACUGGGCCGUACGCACUACCCUCUGUAGUGCCUUGCGGUCGGAGGCCGAGCAGUUGCCAUACCAGGCAGUGAUGCAACCAGUCGGGAUGCUCUCGAUGGUGAAGCUGUAUAACUUUUUGAGGAUCUGAGGACCCAUACCAAAUCUUUUCAGUCUCAUUUACAUUUUACAUUUACGUCAUUUAGCAGACGCUCUUAUCCAGAGCGACUUACAAAUAGGUGCAUUCACCUUAUAGCCAGUGGGAUAACCAUUUUAACAUUUUAUUUUUAUUUUCUUAUUGGGGGUGGGGGGUGGUUUGGAGUAAGGGGGGGGGGGGGGGGGGGGGGGGGGGGGGGGGUAGAAGGAUUACUUUAUCCUUAAAGAGGUGGGGUUUCAAAUGUCUCCGGAAGGUGGUGAGUGACUCCGCUGUCCUGGCGUCGUGAGGGAGCUUGUUCCACCAUUGGGGUGCCAGGGCAGCGAACAGUUUUGACUGGGCUGAGCGGGAACUAUGCUUCCGCAGAGGUAGGGGAGCCAGCAGGCCAGAGGUGGAUGAACGCAGUGCCCUCGUUUGGGAGUAGGGACUGAUCAGAGCCUGAAAGUACGGAGGUGCCGUUCCCCUCACAGCUCCGUAGGCAAGCACCAUGGUCUUGUAGCAGAUGCGAGCUUCAACUGGAAGCCAGUGGAGUGUGCAGAGGAGCGGGGUGACGUGAGAGAACUUGGGAAGGUUGAACACCAGACGGGCUGCGGCAUUCUGGAUGAGUUGUAGGGGUUUAAUGGCACAGGCAGGGAGCCCAGCCAACGGUGAGUUGCAGUAAUCCAGACAGGAGAUGACAAGUGCCUGGAUUAGGACCUGUGCCGCUUCCUGUGUAAGGCAGGGUCGUACUCUUCGAAUGUUGUAGAGCAUGAACCUACAGGAUCGGGUCACCGCCUUGAUGUUAGCGGAGAACGACAGGGUGUUGUCCAGGGUCACGCCAAGGCUCUUCGCAAUCUGGGAGGAGGACACAACGGUUUGGAGGACACAAUUCCUGAGGGGGAAUAGGCUUUGUCAUGUCCUCUUCACGACUGUCUUGGUGUGUUUGGACCAUGAUAGUUUGUUGGUGAUGUGGACACCAAGGAACUUGAAGCUCUCAACCUGCACCACUACAGCCCCGUCGAUGAGAAUUGUCUUGAUCACUGUCACGUUCGUUUAAGGACGGGUCAGACCAAGGCGCAGCGUGAUAUGUGUACAUGUUUAUUAAACUUUAAACACACGACAAAACAACAAAGGAAACGAAACGUGAAGUCCAAGGUAGAACACACAACAUACCUUACAAGGAACAAGAUCCCACAACUAGACAGUGCCAAUAGGCUGCCUAAGUAUGGUCCCCAAUCAGAGACAACAAGGCGACAGCUGCCUCUGAUUGAGAACCACACCGGCCAACAUAGAACUAUACAUACUAGAUCACAAACAUAGAAAAUACAACAAGGAAUAUACACACCCUGACUCAACAUAUAAGCGUCCUCAGAGUCAGGGUGUGACAGUACCCCCCCCCCCCAAAGGUGAGGACUCCGACCGCACAACAUGAACAUAACAGGGUAGGGGCCGGGUGGGCAUUCUGCCUCGGAGGCGGAUCCGGCUCCGGGAGUGACGACCGCUUACUCUCCGCCUCCCUGUUGCGCCCCUGGUCUGGUCUGGAGCCGCUGACCGGAGCUGGACCAGGCCCCGGUGGAGCGGACUGCUCAGGCUCCGGACUGGAGCCGCUGACCGGAGUUAAACUGGGCACCGGUGGAGCGGACUGCUCUGGCUCCGGAGUGGAGCAGCUGACUGGAGCUGGACUGGACCCCGGUGGAGUGGACUCCUCUGGCUCCGGAGUGGAGCAGCUGACUGGAGCUGGACUGGACCCCGGUGGAGUGGACUGCUCUGGCUCCGGAGUGGAGCCGCUGACCAGAGCUGGACCGGGCACCAGUGGAGCGGACUGCUCAGGCUCCGGAGUGGAACAGCUGACCGGAACUGGAUCAGGCACCGGUGGAGCAGACACGGGCCGUGCCGGACUGGACACACGCACCACUGGUCUGGUGCGAGGAGCAGGCACGGGCCGGACCGGACUAGGAACACGCACCACUGGCUUGGUGCAAGGAGCAGGAACGGGCCGGGCCGGGCUGGCGACGCGCACCACUGGCUUGGUGCGAGGAGCAGGAACGGGUCGGGCCGGGCUGGCGACGUGCACCACUGGCUUGGUGCGAGGAGCAGGAACGGGCCGGGCUGGCGACGCGCACCACAGGCUUGGUGCGAGGAGCAGGAACGGGCCGGGCCGGACUGGGAACACGCACCACUGGCUUGGUGCAGGGAGCAGGAACGGGCCGGACCGGACUGGCGACACGCACCACUUGCUUGGUGCGAGGAGCAGGACUGGGUUCCUUUAUUAACCCCCUCUCCUUCUGCUGCCUAACCAGCUCCUCUCGCCGUGCCUCUACUUUUUCCUUCUCCAUUUUAGCCUCCUGUAGUGCCUCCCUCUGACCGAAUAACUCCUGCUCCCUCUUAGCCAACAGCCCCCGUAACAUGGUGGCCUCCUCUCCUAACCUGCAGAUCCGCCCUUUCACGGCCUCCUGCUGCCUCGUCGUCCACACCGUGUGCCCCCCCCCCCCCCCCCCAAAAUGUUCUUUGGGUUGCCUCUCGGGUCUCCGUUGUCGGCACUGUUGGUGCCAUUUCUCCUCUCCUACCCGGGAUUCCUCCUUCAUCGCCUUCCGAUAAUGGACGGCCUCCUCCUCUGUAAUUCUCCCCCAACCGAGGAGGACAUCUACUAACGUUACCUCCUGUUGAGUCCCAGGCGUUUGCUCCUUCUCGGCACGCUGCUUGGUCCUUGUUUGGUGGGAUCUUCUGUCACGUUCGUUGAAUGAUGGGUCAGACCCAGGCGCAGCGUGAUAUGCAUACAUGUUUAUUAAACUUUAAACACACGACAAAACAACAAAGGAAACGAAACGUGAAGUCCAAGGUAGAACACACAACAUACCUUACAAGGAACAAGAUCCCACAACUAGACAGUGCCAAUAGGCUGCCUAAGUAUGGUCCCCAAUCAGAGACAACGAGCGACAGCUGCCUCUGAUUGGGAACCACACCGGCCAACAUAGAACUAUACAUACUAGAUCACAAACGUAGAAAAUACAACAAGGAAUAUACACACCCUGACUCAACAUAUAAGCGUCCCCUGAGUCAGGGCGUGACAAUCACGUUGAGGGAGAGGUUGUUAUCCUGGCACCACAUGACGAGACUCUGACCUCCUCCCUAUAGGCUGUCUCAUCGUUGUCGGUGAUCAUGCCUACCACUGUUGUGUCGUCGGCAAACUUAAUGAUGGUGUUGGAGUUAUGCCUGGCCAUGCAGUCAUUGGUGAACAGGGAGUACAGGAGGGGACUGAGCACGUACCCCUGAGGGGCCCCCGUGUUGAGGAUCAGUGUGGCAGAUGUGUUGUUACAUACCCUUAACACUUGGGGGCAGCUCAUCAGAAAGUCCAGGAUCCAGUUGCAGAGGGAGGUGUUUAGUCCCAGGGUCCUUAGCUUAGUGAUGAGCUUUGAGGGAACUAUGGUGUUGAACGCUGCGCUCUAGUCAAUGAAUAGCAUUCUCACGUAGGUGUUCCUUUUAUCCAGGUGGGAAAGGGCAGUGUGGAGUGCAAUAGAGAUUGCAUCAUCUGGGGAUCUGUUGGGGUGGUAUGCAAAUUGGAGUGGGUCUAGGGUUUCUGGGAUAAUGGUGUUGAUGUGAGCCAUGACCAGCCUUUCAAAGCACUUCAUGGCUACAGACGUGAGGGCUAUGGGUCUGUAGUCCUUUAGGCAGGUUACCUUAGUGUUAUUGGGCACAGGGACAAUGGUGGUCUGCUUGAAACAUGUUGGUAUUACAGACUCAGUCAGGGACAGGUUGAAAAUAUUCUUGAAGACACUUGCCAGUUGGUCAGCGCAUGUCUUCCUGACAUCGGCUACGGAGAGCGUGAUCACACAGUCGUCCGGAACAGCAGGUGUGCCAAGCUUGUAGCGUCAUACCCAAGAAGACUCAAUGCUGUAAUCGCUGACAAAGCUGCUUCAACAAAGUACUGAGUAAAGGGUCUGCAUACUUACGUAGAUUAUUUUUUAUAAAUUUGCACACAUUUUCUAAAAACGUAUUUUCACUUUGUCAUUAUGGGGUAUUAUUAGUAUUGUGUUGAUUGAUGAGGGGGAAAAAUGAUUUAAUCAAUUUUAGAAAAAGGCUGUAACUAGGGUCUGAAUAGUAUGUGGACACCUACUCGUCAAGCAUCUCAUUUCAAAAUCAUGGGCAUUAAUAUGGAGUUGGUCCCCCCCCCCCCCCCCUUUGCUGCUAUAACAGCCUCCACCCUUCUGGGAAGGUUUACCACUAGAUGUUGGAACAUUGCUGCGGGGGAUUUGCUUCCAUUCAGCCACAAGAGCAUUAGUGAAGUCGGGCACUGAUGUUGGGCGAUUAGGCCUGGCUCGCAGUCGGCAUUCCAAUUCAUCCCAAAGGUGUUCGAUUGGGUUGAGGUCAGGGCUCUGUGCAGACCAGUCAAGUUCUUCCACACUGAUCUCGGCAAAUCAUUUCUGUAUGGACCUCGCUUUGUGCACGGGGGCAUUGUCAUGCUGAAACAGGAAAGGGCCUUACCUACACUGUUGCCACAAUGUUGGAAGUACAGAAUUGCCUAGAAUGUCAUUGUAUGCUGUGGCGUUAAGAUUUCCCUUCACUGGAACUGAGAGGCCAAGCCCGAACAAUGAAAAACAGCCCCAGACCAUUAUUCCUCCUCCACCAAACUUUACAGUUGGCACUAUGCAUUCGGGAAGGUAGCAUUCUCCUGUUAUCCGCCAAAUCUAGAUUUGUCCGUCGGACUGCCAGAUGGUGAAGCGUGAUCCAUCACUCCAGAGAACGUGUUUCCACUGCUCCAGAGUCCAAUGGCGGCGAGCUUUACACCACUCCAGCUGACGCUUGGCAUUGCGCAUGGUGAUCUUAGGCUUGUGUGCAGCUGCUCGGCCAUCAAAACCCAUUUCAUGAAGCUCCCGACGAACAGUUCUUGUGCUGACGUUGCUUCCAGAGGCAGUUUGGAACUCGGUAGUGAGUGUUGCAACCGAGGACAGACGAUUUUUAUGCGCUUCAGCACUCAGCGGUCCCGUUCUGUGAGCUUGUGUGGCCUACCACUUCACGGCUGAGCCGUUGUUGCUCCUAGACAUUUCCACUUCACAAUAACAGCACUUACAGUUGAUCGGGGCAGCUCUAGCAGGGCAGAAAUUUGACGAACUGACUUGUUGGAAAGGUGGCAUUCAAUGACAGUGCCACAUUAAAAGUCACUGAGCUCUUCAGUACAGGCCAUUCUAAUGCCAAUGUUUGUCUAUGGAGAUUGCAUGACUGUCUUCUCUAUUUUAUUCACCUGCCAGCAACGGGUUGUCCACAUACUUAUGGCCAAGGAGUGUAUCAUAGACCAAUUUAAAUAAAAUACAUUGAAUUCACUGUUCAUUCCACUCACCGUAGUUACUGUUGAAGAUUUUGUUCUGCAGUGAAACGAUGAGAGUUAAUUCCUUCUUUGUCUUCCGUCUGUGUAGGAACAUGGCUACCUUCCGUAACGUGGUGAACGGACAACCCCAUUCCAACUGGUGGGAUAACGGCAACAACCAGGUGGCCUUUGGACGCGGCAACCGCGGCUUCAUCGUCUUCAACAACGACGACUGGUGAGGACUAUACUGCAACAACUUGGAUGAUUGGUUGGCUGAGUGCUUGGUUGAUUGGUUGGCUGAGUGGUUGGCUGACUGGUUGGUUGAUUGGUUGGCUGACUGGUUGGUUGAUUGGUUGGCUGAAUGGUUGGUUGAUUGGUUGGCUGACUGGUUGGUUGAUUGGUUGGCUGACUGGUUGGUUGAUUGGUUGGCUGACUGGUUGGUUGAUGGUUGGCUGACUGGUUGGUUGAUUGGUUGGCUGAGUGGUUGGUUGAUUGGUUGGCUGACUGGUUGGUUGAUUGGUUGGCUGACUGGUUGGUUGAUUGGUUGGCUGACUGGUUGGUUGAUUGGUUGGCUGACGGGUUGGUUGAUUGGUUGGCUGACUGGUUGGUUGAUUGGUUGGCUGACUGGUUGGUUGAUUGGUUGGCUGACUGGUUGGUUGAUUGGUUGGCUGAGUGGUUGGUUGGUUGGCUGAGUGGUUGGUUGGUUGAUUGGUUGGCUGACUGGUUGGUUGGUUGAUUGGUUGGCUGACUGGUUGGUUGAUUGGUUGGCUGACUGGUUGGUUGAUUGGUUGGCUGACUGGUUGGUUGAUUGGUUGGCUGACUGGUUGGUUGAUUGGUUGGCUGACUGGUUGGUUGAUUGGUUGGCUGACUGGUUGGUUGAUUGGUUGGCUGAGUGGUUGGUUGGUUGAUUGGUUGGCUGACUGGUUGGUUGAUUGGUUGGCUGACUGGUUGGUUGAUUGGUUGGCUGACUGGUUGGUUGAUUGGUUGGCUGACUGGUUGGUUGAUUGGUUGGCUGAGUGGUUGGUUGAUUGGUUGGCUGACUGGUUGGUUGAUUGGUUGGCUGAGUGGUUGGUUGAUUGGUUGGCUGACUGGUUGGUUGAUUGGUUGGCUGACUGGUUGGUUGAUUGGUUGGCUGACUGGUUGGUUGAUUGGUUGGCUGACUGGUAGUUGAUUGGUUGGCUGACUGGUUGGUUGAUUGGUUGGCUGAGUGGUUGGUUGAUUGGUUGGUUGACUGGUUGGUUGAUUGGUUGGCUGACUGGUUGGUUGAUUGGUUAGCUGAGUGGUUGGUUGAUUGGUUGGCUGACUGGUUGGUUGAUUGGUUGGCUGAGUGGUUGGUUGAUUGGUUGGCUGACUGGUUGGUUGACUUGUUGGUUGAUUGGUUGGCUGAGUGGUUGGUUGAUUGGUUGGCUGACUGGUUGGUUGAUUGUUUGGCUGACUGGUUGGUUGAUUGGUUGGCUGAGUGGUUGGUUGAUUGGUUGGCUGACUGGUUGGUUGAUUGGUUGGCUGACUGGUUGGUUGACUUGUUUGUUGAUUGGUUGGCUGACUGGUUGGUAAGUUGAUUGGUUGGCUGACUGGUAAGUUGAUUGGUUGGUUGGUUGGUGGGUGGGUUGGUUGGUUGAUUGGCUGAGUGAUCGAUCGAUUGAUUGAUUGACUGACUGAUUAGUUGGUUGACUGGUUGGUUGAUUGAUUGAAUUCAGAUAAACUUCACUCUCUAUUUCCUGUGUUUCAACCAAUCAGGCAACUGGACGUGACUCUGAACACUGGCAUGCCCGGUGGCGUCUACUGUGAUGUCAUUUCCGGCCAGAAGGACGGAGGGCGCUGCACGGGGAAGACCAUCAACGUCGAGGCCGAUGGUGGCGCCCACUUCAAGAUCAGCAACACCGACGAGGACCCCAUGGUGGCCAUCCAUGCCGACUCCAAGCUGUAAACAAACAAUAUAAGCACAAACAAACAAUAAAAUUUACCAGUACUGCAAACUGAA